CUCAAAAGUUCAGAAGUUUUCCCAAUGCUUCCUUAAGCGGCCGGCGCGCGAGAGACUGAAAAAAGGUGACGCGGGGCCCGGGAAGGCGGCCGGCGCGCUGCCCCCCCCCCCGCCCCUGGUUAUUUGGCCGCCUUCGCCAGCAGUUCGGGGCAGUCUCCUGGAAGGCGCAGGCAGUGUGGCGAGAAGGGCGCCUUCUUGUUUUUUAUUUUUGGCUCUUUUUUUCCGUUUGUGCCUGGAAGUUGUUCUGCGAGUUCCUCCAAGGCGAUUUGCCUCAUCCUCGUCUGAUCCUCUCCCUUCGCAGCGACCCUCUCUCGCGGCUGCCGCGGGUCGCGAGGUGGCAGGAGGCGCCCAAAGAGCUCAAGCCAGCGCAGGGAGAGGCCGCGCGACCGAAGGCGCUGGGAGGCGGCGGCGGCGGCCGAGCCAGACGCUGCGCGGCGGGCCGGCACCAGCUCGGCGGGGCCCGUACUCGGACUCGGACUCAGCGGCCGGCGCAGCGCGGCCCGGCCAGAGCGAGGGUGGGGGGCGGCGGGCGGCGCGGGGCGGCGGCGGCGGCGGCGGCGGCGGCGAGCCGGGGCCAUGCAGGCGCGCUACUCCGUGUCCAGCCCCAACUCCCUGGGAGUGGUGCCCUACCUCGGCGGCGAGCAGAGCUACUACCGCGCGGCAGCGGCAGCGGCUGGGGGCGGCUACACAGCCAUGCCGGCCCCCAUGAGCGUGUACUCGCACCCGGCACACGCCGAGCAGUACCCAGGCGGCAUGGCCCGCGCCUACGGGCCCUACACGCCACAGCCACAGCCCAAGGAUAUGGUGAAACCACCCUACAGCUACAUCGCGCUCAUCACCAUGGCCAUCCAAAAUGCCCCGGACAAGAAGAUCACCCUCAAUGGCAUCUACCAGUUCAUCAUGGACCGUUUCCCCUUCUACCGGGACAAUAAGCAGGGCUGGCAGAACAGCAUCCGCCACAACCUCUCGCUCAACGAAUGCUUCGUUAAGGUGCCCCGCGAUGACAAGAAGCCUGGCAAGGGCAGCUACUGGACGCUGGACCCGGACUCCUACAACAUGUUCGAGAACGGCAGCUUCCUGCGGCGGCGGCGGCGCUUCAAGAAGAAGGACGCAGUGAAGGACAAGGAGGAGAAGGACCGGCUGCACCUCAAGGAACCUCCGCCACCGCCGCCUGGCCGCCAGCCUCCGCCAGCCCCGCCGGAGCAGGCCGACGGCACUGCGCCCGGACCGCAGCCGCCUCCUGUGCGCAUCCAGGACAUCAAGACCGAGAACGGUACGUGCCCCUCGCCACCCCAGCCCCUGUCCCCCGCCGCCGCCCUGGGUAGCGGCAGCGCCGCCACGGUGCCCAAAAUUGAGAGCCCCGACAGCAGCAGCAGCAGCCUGUCGAGCGGGAGCAGCCCUCCCGGCAGCCUGCCUUCGGCGCGACCACUGAGCCUGGAUGGUGCGGAUCCCGCACCUCCACCGCAGUCGGCGCAACCUGCGCCGCCGCCGCCACACCACAGCCAGGGCUUCAGCGUGGACAACAUCAUGACUUCGCUGCGGGGGUCGCCUCAGGGCACAGCUGCGGAGCUCAGCUCCGGCCUUUUGGCUGCGUCCUCGCGCGCGGGCAUCGCACCCCCGCUGACGCUUGGAGCCUACUCGCCUGGCCAGAGCUCCCUCUACAGCUCCCCCUGCAGCCAGAGCUCCAGCGCCGGCAGCUCUGGCGGGGGCGGCGGGGGCGGUGGUGGGGGGGGCGCUGGGGGCGCUGGGGGUACCGGGACCUACCACUGCAACCUGCAGGCCAUGAGCCUGUAUGCCGCCGGCGAACGCGGUGGCCACUUGCAAGGCGCACCUGGGGGCGCGGGCGGCUCAGCAGUGGAAGACUCCCUGCCCGACUACUCUUUGCCUCCAGUCACCAGCAGCAGCUCAUCCUCCCUGAGUCACGGCGGGGGCGGCCAGGAGACCGGCCACCACCCUGCGGCCCACCAAGGCCGGCUCACCUCGUGGUACCUGAACCAGGCGGGCGGAGACCUGGGCCAUUUGGCGAGCGCGGCGGCGGCCGCCGCGGCCGCGGGCUAUCCCGCCCAGCAGCAGAACUUCCAUUCUGUGCGGGAGAUGUUUGAGUCCCAGAGAAUCGGCUUGAACAACUCUCCUGUGAACGGGAAUAGUAGCUGUCAGAUGGCCUUCCCUGCCAGCCAGUCUCUGUAUCGCACGUCCGGGGCUUUCGUCUAUGACUGUAGCAAAUUUUGACCCCCUUCCUUGUCGCGGCACUGUCAAAGCCGAAGUGAAUAGAAUCCCAAAGCAGGAACAGUCGAAAGAAUCCAUCAAUGCAAAAUCGAAACUAAAAAUAUCCAAUUUAAAAUAUGAGAAAUAUUCACCACACCAGCGAACAGAAUCCCUCCCCACGUUCAACUCACCAGCAGCAGCUCAAAGAAAACUAUUUUCUUAAAAGAUUAAUCCAGAGCCACGUCCACUUUGCCUUAUCUAAAUAAACAAAAACGUAAACUGUUUUGUACAGAGACAGCAAAAUCAUGGUUUAUUAAAGGACAGUGUUACUCCAGAUAACACGUAAGUUUCUUCUUGCUUUUCAGAGACUCGCUUUCCUGCUCCUCUCCUCUCCCUUCCCCUGCCUUUUUCCUUGCCUCUCACCUGUAAGAUAUUAUUUUAUCCUAUGUUGAAAGGAGGGGGAAAGUCCCCGUAUAUGAAAAUCGCUUUCUUUUUAUUCAUGGACUUGUUUUAAAAUGUAAAUUGCAACAUAGUAAUUUAUUUUUAAUUUGUAGUUGGAUGUCGUGGACCAAACGCCAGAAAGUGUUUCCAAAACCUGACGUUAAAUUGUCUGAAACUUUAAAUUGUGCCUUUUUCCUCAUUAUAAAAAGGGAAACUGUAUUAAUCUUAUUCUAUCAUCUUUUCUUUCUUUUUGUUGAACAUAUUCAUUGUUUGUUUAUUAAUAAAUUGCCAUUCAGUUUGAAUGAGACCUAUGUCUGGAUACUUUAAUACAGCUUUAAUAUAAAGAAAGAUUUCAGAGAUUAAAAAAAAAAAAAAAAACACUAGGAGUUACCUGUUCUC